CAUAUUUAUCUUCCCUAUAUUUAUUUCCUUGAUUACCAAAAAUGCUCAGAAAAAUAGUCCUCACAAACUCCAAAAAGGAAUACAUACGUUAGGCCAUAAAUGCAUUUGGUAUAUUGUCUGCCAAGAGGCAGCUGACGAACCGCACAUGAAAUUAAGGUUCUUGACCUUUCUUUCUUCUUCUUUAUUAGCUCUUCAAGUAAAUUCCUCCUCAACCAUCGAUUCUCUGUCUGAUCACUUUUUGAAUACAUCCUUUUUCUUUUGAAUAACCAUAUUCCAAUCCUAUAUAUGUUUGUGUCUACGUCGGAAUAAUCGAAAAACAAACAGCGCCAUGUCAAUGUCGGAGACCGACGCUCAUCUCCUAGUCUUCCCAUACCCAGCACAGGGCCACAUGAUUCCUCUCCUCGACCUUACCCACCAGCUCGCCAUCCGAGGCGUUACCAUCACCAUUCUCGUCACUCCAAGCAACCUUCCUCUCCUUGAACCUCUUCUCUCAGCCCACCCUUCCAUCAACACCCUCGUCCUCCCCUUUCCUUCGCACCCCGCAAUACCGCCGGGCGUAGAGAACGUCAAGGACCUGCCCCCCAACUCCUUCCGUGCAAUGAUGCUCUCGUUGGCCCAGCUCCACGAGCCCUUGCUCCGAUGGUUCAGGUCCCACCCUUCGCCACCCGUGGCUAUCAUCUCCGACAUGUUCUUGGGCUGGACCCACCGCCUCGCGUGCGAGCUGGGUAUUCGUCGCCUCGUUUUCUCACCGUCCGGUGCCAUGGCCUUGUCUGUCAUUUACUCUCUCUGGCGGUACCUACCGAUGAGGCAGAAACAGAAUUCCCGUGAAGAAGAUGGUCAAGACGAGAUCGUCUCGUUUCCCAAGAUCCCGGGUUCACCGAAAUACCAUUGGUGGCAGCUCUCUCCCGUUUAUCGGAGUUUCGUUGAAAAUAAAGUAGAUCCGGACUCAGAGUUCAUCAAAGAUGGAUUUCUUGCUGACAUGGAGAGUUGGGGACUCGUUAUCAACUCGUUCGACGAGUUGGAACGAGUUUAUUUGGAACAUCUGAAAAAGGAGAUGGGGCAUGAUCGGGUGUGGGCAGUGGGACCCUUACAUCAAUUUCAAGAUGAUGAAGAAAUCUGUGGGUCCAAGCAGAGGGGUGGGUCCAGCUCUGUGAAAGUGGAACAGAUAUCGUCGUGGCUUGACACCCGUGAUGAUCACGAGGUUGUGUACGUGUGCUUUGGGAGUCAAGCUAGGUUGCCCACGGAUAUCAUGGAAAAGCUGGCUUUCGGAUUAGAGAAGAGUGGGGUCCAUUUUAUUUGGGCGGUGAAGGAGCCUAUAAAUGGACACGUGGACAGCACGGUCCCACCAGGAUUUGAAGAUCGUGCGGCUGGGAAAGGUCUGGUGAUACGAGGGUGGGCCCCACAAGUCCCAAUACUGAGUCAUCGGGCUGUCGGUGCAUUCCUGACUCACUGUGGUUGGAACUCAACUCUCGAGGGCAUAGUGGCCGGGGUGCCAUUGCUGGCUUGGCCAAUGAGUGCUGACCAGUUUUCGAAUGCUACCCUUUUGGUGGAGGAGUUGAAGGUGGCAACAAGGGUGGGUGACGGUUCACGAGUUGUGCCGGAUUCGGAUGAGCUGGCCCGAGUUUUGGCUGACUCGAUUAGUGAGAAUCGGGUGAUAAGGGAACGAGUUGCUGAGUUGGGCAGGGCUGCAAUGGAGGCCAUCAAAGAAGGUGGGAGUUCGAUUGUGGGGUUGCAGUCGAUGCAUAGUACAUUGGCCACGUUGGUAUCACCUCGCAAUACCUUUAAAUUCUCCGGUAACGAGGAAAAUGAGUCAAGUUUGAUCGACUAA